AUGGGGCGGCCAGGUUCUGAAGUGGAGGCUAAAAGUAGAACCAGGACUGAUAAGAACCGGUUCCUCCUCCCCAGGGGGGGCGGGGCCAGAAGGGGGGUCACCGACACCACCGAGACCAGAACCACAACCCGGCUCAUUCAGAGCAGAACCGCCCAGAACCGGACCCAGAACCAGAACCAGACCCAGAACCAGAACCAGAACCAGAACCGGACCCACAUGGAGAAACCAGAACCAACCGAGGAGACGAGGAUGGAGGAAGAGGAGGAAGUGAAGGAGGAAGUGAAGGUGGAAGUGAAGGUGGAAGUGAAGGAGGAAGUGAAGGUGGAAGUGAAGGAAGUGGAGGUGAAGGAAGUGAAGGAGGAAGUGAAGGAGGAAGUGAAGGUGGAAGUGAAGGAAGUGGAGGCCUCCCAGGACUCCAGGCCGCCCCUUCCGGACCCGGAAUUCAACCGGCGCUGCAGCCUGAUCGUCAGUGACGUGAGUCCAGUUCUGGUUCUGGUUCUGGUGGUUCUGACAUGA